UUUUUUUGCUUAGCCCACUUUGUCAUUUGGGCCACGCAUUGUUUUCCUCCUCACCCUCUUUCCCUCUCGUCUGUGUUCAGUUUUUAUUUCCUUUUUUCCUCCGGUCUUCACUGCCCUUCCCGCAAAGUCCGGUCUCCUCUAACGCCAUACUUUAUUCGGCUCCCUUCUUUUACGUUUUUCCCUUCUCUCUCCGUCUGCAUCCACCACUUUUCCCCUCGCUCUCUCCCUCCCUCCCUCCCUCCCUCCCUCCCUCUCUCUCUCCCUCUCUUGCUCCAUCUUUCUGUGCUGCAGUAAAAGAGGCGCAGUGUGGGAUCUUGGAGAGAGGGGGAGAGAGACAAUGAAAGCAAGGGAGAAAAAUGAUGGUGGGGAAAUGGAGGGGGGGAUUUUUAUUUUUUUUCCUUCCAUAGCUGAAAGUGUGUCUUUUGAGGGAAAUGCUUGAUUCAUGCCUGUCCCAGGUACCCAGAUGUAAUGCGCGGUGAUGUUGUUAACUAAACAUAUAUGAUUAAAUAACAAAAUAGAAGUUUUCUAUUUUUAAAAAAUCCCAACCCAGUUCAUUAAAAAAAAAAUCCCAACUCAGGACUCACCGAGAAAAGCUGCAAUAUAUUCUAUUUGUUUUUAUUUUGUUGUUAAUGUCUGAAUUUGUCACUAUCGUGCAGCAUAGUGUUGCUUUAAACAAGCUUUGUUUCAAAGGUGCAGCUUCGUAGUCAGCAGGAUUGUAGUGUAGAUGAGGACACUGCAUUACCGGAGCAGACUAACAGACUAAGUUCCAGCCAUCAACUGUAUUAGAACAUGGAAUCUUCUCAGCUAGCUAUGUUAUGAUGUCACAGACAUUCACGUUGCGUGGUCACGCAUUUGACCGAUAAUGUAAAUAUUUUGAAGAAAAACAAACAAGAGCUCUCUCUCCCCUUGCACUGUGCUCAGUUCAAUAUGAUUUGAAUUGAUUUGAUGGGGAAGUUAGCCAUUUGGGCAGUUUUGCUCAGCGUCUGUGUGGCUUGCUCGUCCGGUUGUUUCCAAUGCCUUGUCGAUGUUGAUGACAGCCUUCGCUUGUGUUGGGGGCAUGUUCUCUCCAAAUAUGGUGUACGAAACAUGGACUCUUGUUUCCGAACGAUUGACCGGAUUUUCAACUAUGAACAGAAAGUGAUCCAGGCUGGUAGAGUCGGGGGAGGCUAUGACAGACAGCUCAGGAAUAUCAUGCACGCUGAGAUCAUGCCCCUCGUGGAGGAAUUUGAUGAGAAGUUAAAUGCAGACUCCGUGUACGAGGAGAGGCUACAGGCGGCAGCGCAGCGCUUCAUCUCUGAGGCCUCCAAACUGCCCAGAGCUACCGGAUGCGUCCCACCUUGCGGUUUCCAGGUUUCAGGAGCUGUUUACGACUGUGUCACCUGCCUGUAUGACAGCUGUGAAUACCCUCUCGACUGUCCCAUGGUGGACCUCACGGUCGGGGAGAGCAACGGCACCGAGAUGCGAUGUGACGUCCGCUUUCCCUUGCCGACCGACAUGGAGGUCGUCUGGAGGUUCGCCCCUGAGGCCAGGACUCAGCAGGUGGAGCAGUUCGGGGUCGUGACGGUGGGGGAGGACCGCCUGUACUCCAUCCCCUCCGCCCGCGCCCACCACCAGGGCACGUACCAGUGCGAGAUCUUCUCCCAGCAGCGCUCCAUCGUCAGAACCUACCACCACCUCAAAGUGAUCCCCCAGGUCCUGGUCGCCCAGGCCGAGCUGCAGGGGGUAUUUGACACGGCUCUCCUUCCGGGGGGGCAGAUUCCGCCCCCGCCUGCCGGGCCGCCCUGUGACCUCGCCCCGACCCCGCCGUCUCCCAACCUGCCGCUCCUCCCGUCCCCUGCUCUCGUGGCUGCCUGUCUGACGGCUCUCCUGCUGCUGCUCUUCUUGUCCCUGGGGUUUAUGGUCUGGUGGAUGACAAUGACCAGAGAUGAAGCACCAAGAAUAGUACAAUUAUUCAUUUAAGACAUGAGUUGUUCAUAUCGCCGAUGACCGUGAUUACUUUUAAACAAUGUUUCCGCAUAUCGUCUGGUUUGUCUGGAGUGUUUGUGUUUCACCACUAGAGGGCGCCAAUGUGAAGGACAAGUCCGUGCAAAGUGAAAACCGUAUCUAUGAAUUUUAGAGUUACUCCCGCUACCUUUGCACCUUAACUGGCUAUCCUUCCCUGAGCAAUGUGAUGGCCAGUCACGUAUGCAGUGCCCCCAUAUUAGCACAGUCAAGACUGGCACAGUCAGGAUUCAAUAACAGGUUGUGAGCUGUAUCACAACACUUGAUGCCAGUGCUUUUAGUUGAAUGGUCUGCCUGUGAGGAUACUCCAUAGAACGAUUUCACUGUCAUAAAAGAAUAAAAAUAUCACAUUACUUUGCAUUACAUUUAUUUUGCAGACGCUUUUAUCCAGAGCGACGUACAAUAAGUGCAUACCGAAGGUCAUUGGAACAACUACAAACAGAUCCGAUGAGGUACAAUGCUCAUUUUCUAGUUAUUCAUAGCCAUGAACACAUUAAGUCCAGUUCACACAGUACACAUUACUCUGACCAAACCUACAAUGAGUCAAACUAGGAGGCAUGACAAGCCAAAGUUCUUGGUUACGUGAGAGCAAGUCAUGCCAAGUGAAAACAUAUUUUAGUUGAUGAUUGAAAUUGGCAUAUUGUCAUGUAAUUGCAUUUUUGGAGGACAUGUCCAGGCAAUUGAGAGGGUGUGCUCCACAUCAACAUGCACGGCAUUGAUUGCCUCAUGCUUUGUUUCACAAGUUUAAAACAGAAAUUUCACACCCUGAAACUGGCCAUUCAACCACUUUGUCCUUAACAACAAUGAGUAGCAUAUUAGAGCAGAGGUGGUCAGGAGGGCUGUAUCUUAAUUAAUUUAUUUAUUUAUUUAUUUUCAUGCAAACUUAUGGCCUUAAUUACAGAAUGAGUCCUAAAAUUCACACCAUCUCACAUUUUGGCUACAUUUCCUGAUAAGUACAUGAAUGACAGCCAAAGACUGUUCUUGUGUCCCUAUGUGAAACUCUUUACUGUGACCUAGGAGGU